AUGCGAUUUGAAUUGCAAAAAGCUGAAGAACAAAAUCGACCAAGAGUCAGCAGUUUUGCUUUUUGGGAGCAUCACGGAUUUUCCAUGUUUUCAAAGUUGAAACUAUCAAAUUACAAGAGAUCAGCAAAUAACCACAAACGUCAUACUUUCUAUGCAGAAUUUAAUAAAUCUACAUCAAGGAGACUCUUUUUUGCAUUCUUUAUUGCUGAAGCUUUUCAUGUUGUUACGGGUUACAACAAAAAAAGAGCAGAGAAAGGCAAGAAGAACGAGUUACGUUGGAAAAAACUGAGUGAAAUCUUAGAAGUUUUUCUGUUCUGUAGUUGUGAAAAAUUAAGAGAAGCAUAUAGCUAUUAA